AGUUAAUGCAAAACAAAUACAACAAACCAAACAGCAGUUUACUGUAAAAAAUCUUAGCAAAUAAAUUAAAAUAAGUGCUGAGUAAAUAAAGAACAGCGAAAAAAUUUGGAAGCGAAAAAAAAAACAAAAAACAUGAAAAUAAAAAUAACAAAAUGUGCACACUUGAACGCGCAAGUGAACUAAAUAAAUACAAAUAAGUAAAGAAAUUGCUCUGUGGUAGUGCCAAUUGAGUGCGUCCACAAAAACAUUGGCUCCAGCCCCGUUGUGGUAAUCAAUACAAUACAUACAUACAUAGAUUUUUCUUCGCCCUCGUCGUUCACAUAAAAACCUUCAAAAUUAUUCUCGAAAUGGAUAUGACUUCAACAGCGGAAGCUGCCGCCCGCAGCUGGUAUGAUAAUCCGCGUUUGGGCAGCUCUCCGCAAGCGAAUGGCCUGGGCGGCGCCGGCGCCGGCUUGGGACAUCACGCCCUCACAGCCGCUGGCACCACAGCGAUGGGUGGUGGCGCUGGCCUCGGCGGCGGCGGCGGUGGUGGUGGCGGCGGUCUUGGCGGCUUGGAUACGACCGAUAUGAGCGCCUUCUAUGCGUUGGAGAGUAAUGGCCAUCAUAGACGCUACUAUCCGAGCUAUCAUCAGCACACAUCCCGUAUGCCAUCGUCCCAUACAUCACCGCAAGUGUGUCGGCCGCACUUUCAUCCGCCCCUCGGUUCAUGGCUUACCAGCGAGCAUAAAUCAUUCGCGCCCGCCAGCCCAUGGGGCAGUCCGUUUGCAUGCCCUCAAGAUCCGCAAGUAGACCAUAAGGUUGGCCAAAUUGGCCAGAGCCAUCAGACGGCGGCGGGCCAACAUUCGUUUCCGUUCCCACCGACACCGCCAAAGGAUUCCACACCCGACUCAGUACAAACCGGUCCUUCGGAGUAUCAGGCCGUUGUGAACGCUUUCAUGCACCAGGCGCAAUCUUCCUGCUCUACCUCACUAGCGGACACGAGUUGUGCGCUGGACAUCAAACCCUCCAUACAGAAUGGCCUCGGCAGCCUAACGCACAAUGGCAGCCAGCAGUCGUCGUCGGCGCCAAAGCAACGUGAAGGUACUAACAACAACAAUAAUAAUAAUAACAACAACACAGCGAAUAGUAGUAGUUCGCAAAAUAAUAAUAACAACGGCAGCAAUAAUAACAAUAAUUCCGCCUCAGCAUCCAACAGCAGCAGUCACAAUCUACAUACGCACUCGUCCAGCGCCAAUGCCAUCUCCGCCCUUAACGGAUCAAGCCUAUUCGAUGGCACCGCGCAAGCGCACUACGCCAACAGUCUAGGCAACAGUAGUAGCGGCAAUAGUGGACUCGGUUUGGGUGGAAAUGGCCUAACAGCCAAUACAUCACUUGGCAGCGCGGGUAGUAGCGCGAGCGCUAUGGGCGGCUAUGAUGGUACAUAUGCCUCUUAUGCGGCGCAUCACCACCUGGCCAACACAUCGGCGGCGGUGGCACAUCAUCAGGCAGCCGCUGCAGCGGCGGCGAAUAUGUUUCAAAGUUCCUCAAUGGCAGCGGCGGCUGCAGCGCGGCAUAGCAUGUCGAGUGGCCAUCAUUCGCAUCAUCAUAUGAUGGGUGGUGCGACGACAGGUUCGUCGUCGGGCCUGGGCCAGAGCCAUGGUGGCAGUAGCGGCGGUGGCGGAGGCGGCAGCGGUGGUCUUGGUCUAGCUGGUUUAGGCGGCGGCAGUUUGGGUGGCAAUAUGUCGGCAGGUAGUCAUGGUCAUGGGCAUGGUCAUGGUCACAGUCAUGUGCAUAGUCAUGCGCAUAGCCAUAGUCAGGAUGUGAAGCCGGCGCGAACGAAACCGAGGACCAGUGCUG